UGUCACCACUAUCGGUUUUUGGGGAGAUCGGACAUUGUUGAUGACGGACUUUUGGCAUAUGGUAGUUCCCGCCAAGUGGUUUUAAAUUCUUAGAGGAAUUAUGGGGUCGAGAAGUUACUUUCCUAGCUAUUAUUCAGUGGACGAUAUUUUUGUUACCCAGGAAAAAAUUUCGUGUCAAGUGAGCAGUCGUCUGUUAAAAAUGGGCUUCCUAGACCCGGGAUGUGAGACAGAUCAUUUGGAGCCAGGGAAAAUUGUAAAGCUUCCGCUGUGGUACGUUAAGGAGUUGAAAAUUAACAAUCCAUAUCUGAUAAUACAAAUACCGGAAUUGUACAAAAAUGUACAUAAUGCAAUUUGUGAAGCAGAAAGUACAAACAUCGAUCUUGGCAAGAUGAAUAUGCAAUACUACGAAUAUGGUCGAUAUCUGGCUUCGUUUGACCGGAAUCAUUCGCUUGGUCGAAUUUUAUAUGAGACAUGUAGGCAACGUGUAAGGCAUUUGCUCACUAUAUCCAAAAAUACUGUUGAUGAAAUCAAAUCAGAGAAUAAGAUGGAUAGUAUAGAAAGGGGGCUUUAUGAAGCAGGCAUUCGAACAAACACUCUGUACACCAAUUGGCUCCAACAAAAGAAUUCUAAAAUUCGACCAUCAGAGUUAGUUCAAGAGCAUUCGAAAAAGAGGAAGAGGUUCACUUUGAGUGAUGACGAAAUGUCGAGCAGCCUACAAUCGACGAAACGGUCAAUGUAGUGGUUUACGUUGCAUAUGACACGCUUGAGAGCUUCGAAGGAUCGUGCAUAACUAAAAGAAGCUUGGCCAACUAGGCACUUCUCCAAUAUAUAUUAUAUUUACUCCUUACAAAAUAAUAUAGUAUUAAUCUUUAAGAUAUUUGUGUCGAUUACCAUCGUAAGCUUUUGUUUAUAUCCUCUAGAAACAGUUUUUUAUGUCUACAUAUUUGUAAAUAGAUGGGUCGGUUUACUACCCAUUAUAAAAUUGAUCUUAAGCUUCUAAUUAAUUACAUUUUAUCGUAAGGUGGCUUUUUCGCCGUUAUCUAUACAAUUUUCAAUAAAUAAAAGUUUAUCAGGUGCUAA